CGCCGUGAGCUUGUGACCUCGCCCCCCAUCUUCCCCCAUUCCUUCAUUCUGCGACCCCUCUCUGCCUCUGUAUGCGUCUCGAGGUAACACGCGGUUUGGGAAGACCGCCGGCGAGAAAGGGGGGGGGGAGAGGGGGGGUUGGCGGGGGGUUCCUGUCCUUCCCCCCCCCAUUCGCCGAUCCGAUUGAAGCCAACGUCCGACCUUCCUCCCGAAGUGUGCGAUUCCCGUCUGGUGGUGCACGACAUUUGACAUGGCAUUUCGAGAACUGCUUGCUUGCUUGCUUGCUUGCUUGCUGCUGCUGCUACUACCUGCCUGCCUGCCUCCACCACUGCACCGCUGCCACGACGGCCACUGCUACUGCUACCCAUCCACGACGACGACGACGACGGGUACCGUCGCCACCGCUGCCGCAUUCUCACCUCGCCGCCGCCCUCCUACCCCGCUGCGCCACCCACCCGGCGACGACGCUGCGGGCCUUGGCUCCCUGCCCCCCCGCCUCUUUCCCCGUGCACGAACGCCGUCGCCGGGCGUCGGCUCGGCGCCGAAGAGGAGGGUCGUUGUUGUAUACGUGCGUACGGAUGCGGUAGGAUUCUGGAAUGGACGUCUGCUGCGCGUCGACUGUCUGGGGGGGGGGUCUGCCUGUAUGGCUUGUGUGCAUGCGGCGUGUCGACAUGUGUGUGUGUGUGUGUGCCAGGUAUGUACGAGGGCCUGCGUGCGGUACGCGCGGCGCCGAUCGACAGACAGACACGUAUCUCUACCCCUGCCCCCCCUCGCAGCAGCGCUUCUUCUUCUCCUCUCCUAGCGGUUCGCGCCAGGCGUGCGGCGCGCGCCCUCGAGGAUCGGGCGCUGCACGCAUGUUUGUGCAGCGUAGCCUCGGCGUGCGAGUGCCUCCGCUCGCUCGACGACGAGUCGACGGCGCGAGGCCAGGGGGGAGGGAGUGAGGGUAGCCCGAACGGCGCACCGCAGCAACAGGCAAACCGCGAGACUAUGACGUCGCGUCCGCACCCCGUCUGUCCGGCUUGUCCAGUCUCGGCGGCGGCCGGGGCGACAAGAGGAGGAGGAGGAGGAGGAAGAGGGGGGAGAUGCGGG